CAAACCAGACCUCGGCGCAGGGCCCAGCGCGGGACUUCUGGGAGAGGAAAAUGACAGCACGGGGCUUGCGACUACCCACCGGCAAGCUAUUGAAGCUGCCGGCGGCGCUGGGGCGCGUGAACCGAGCUUGCAGCACGUUCCAAACCUUCGCGGAAGUUCUCAGGCUGCCCACGAGACAAAUGACGAAGCUCGUGUUCCCACUACAGGAACUCCAGCGGCAGCUCACACCAGACUCGAGGUUGGACCUUCACGUGAAGACCUUCGACCCGAGUCUGGAGGACAUCUCCAAGGCGGAGAGCGUCUUCACGGCCACGGGCCGCAACCGCAUCGAGUACCUCAGCUCCGCGGUGCGUCUCGACCACGCCCCGGACCUCCCCCACCCUGAGGUGUGUUUUAUAGGCAGAAGCAAUGUUGGAAAAUCCUCUCUAAUAAAAGCCUUAUUUUCACUGGCCCCAGAGGUUGAAGUCAGAGUCUCCAAGAAACCGGGGCACACAAAGAAAAUGAAUUUUUUCAAAGUUGGAAAAUAUUUUACAUUGGUGGACAUGCCAGGUUAUGGCUAUAGAGCUCCCGAAGAUUUUGUUGACAUGGUAGAGACCUAUCUAAAAGAACGAAGAAAUUUGAUGAGAACAUUUUUGUUAGUGGAUAGUGUUGUCGGAAUUCAAAAAACCGACAGUAUUGCCAUAGGAAUGUGUGAAGAAUUUGCAUUACCUUAUGUGAUGGUAUUAACAAAAAUUGACAAAUCUUCCAGGGGACAUCUUUUAAAACAAGUGCUUCAGAUCCAGAAAUUUGUUGACACUGAAACACAAGGAUGUUUUCCUCAGUUGUUUCCUAUAAGGCUCCUGCUGGAUCUUCCCUGCAGCCUAGCUCAAUCCUAGAUCUCAGCAGAAGUGAAAAUUUUUGCUUUUUAAAAUCAGCUAAAUAACAGCCACAAUAAAGAUACUACCAUGCUUUUCUCAAUUUCAAAGAAAAACAAAUUAUCUCUAUAGUAGAAAGCCAUGCAGGCUGUGAGGGAUAAAAAUUUUUCUUUAAAGAGACCAAAUAUAAAGAAAUGCUUCUUAUAAGUUAGAAUUAAGCAUUGGUAGAGACAGAAUGGUUAUUUCUAGAGCUGGCAAUUUUGAGAUAUUUGAUAGAGUUUAGUGAUGAAACAUGAGUCUAUACUUUUAGCUUAUACCUUGGAUAUGGUAAGUACCUUGUACUGGAGCAGAGAUAUAGUGCCAUUCCCAUAGGAUUUUCUUACUCUAACUUCUUUGAGGAAAGCAAUAUGGUAUUUGCUAUGAGAAAUAAUUAAACCAAGUAACAGUUGUAUAUGAAACUGUCCCCUAAUCAGUCAUUCAAGGUCCUACCAAUCCAGAUCACAUUUAAAUUGUUUGUAAUUAUGAACGUGCCUGUCAGAAUCCUUCAUUCAGUCAUUCCUACAAAAUGCUCUUCUCCCUUGACUUUCAUUCAAGUAUUUAUCCUGUUCAUUUGUCUGUGUCCCAUCUGUAUAAUGGAGACUCCUAGGGGCAGGAAUGAAAUCCUACUUCUUAGAGCCCUGAGCAUUGUCAUGGAAGAAUAGCUGUUUCUUUUAACUGUUUAAUAAGAAGGAAGUGAGACCGUCACUAAAAAUGCAGCACAAACAUAAGAUGGACAGAUGACUGUGGCUUAACAGCAACAUUUAUUGGGGAAAAAAAUUAAUCUUUAGUUGACUAUAAGCUGAAUUUGAAUUAACAGUUUAAUGGGGCUGGGGAAAAACUGACAAUGUUUUCUUGACCUACAUUAAUAGAAUUAUAGUGUUCCAAACAAGGGAAUGAUCUAGCAGUAGUUCCACAUAGCUUUGAGCUACAUGCCAUCAGACCAAUCAGGUUAGACGGUGACUCGACAUUGAGAACAACUAGAGCUAUCUGAAAACAGAUGGUCUUGGGGAAGGUUACAUCAUUCAUAACACUUACCUGGUCCUCACAGUAAACAUCCCUAUUUCCAGCUACGGUUAUAGGUCAAGGAAAUGAAGUAAGUUGCAGAGAGGUAUUGGUUUAAAUAGAAAGAGCAUGGGCUUUGGGGUCAGACAGCCUUGAUUUUGCAUGGUUCUUCUACUUCUUGGCUAUAGAUUUUAAAGCAACUUAUUUCAUUUUCUGAGUCUGUUUUCUCACUAGUAAAAAUGUGAUUGUUAGAAUGAUCAAAUAAAAUGGAUGUACACACAGACACAUCAUAAAUGUUAGCUUCCUUUCUUGCCAAGUCAGUAAGUAGCAGGGUUAGGCCAACA